AUGUUUGCGAACAUUCAUGAAGAGGCUCGUCGGAUGUGGUCCACAGACCUCGAUAAUUCCUCUUUAAAGAAAGAGUACAAUGAUUUAUCAAGUCAUGAAUUAAAUUUCUCACAACAUAAUGAUCAUAACAGCAACAACAACAAGUUAUAUUAUACAAUAUCUGCACCGUUGGUGUUGUUGCUAAAUAGAUCGGAACUAGAUUGGAAGGAGAUCUUGUGGUUGAGUAGGAUUGAUCUUGCUGCAAGAUUUCAAAUCUUGCUCGGAAAGAAAGUAAUUGUAAAAUUGGGUUUUGUCCAUCAUAGCUGUUAUGGAAAAAGAUGGUCAUCACCGGAAGAAGUACAAACAACUCGGGAACGUAUUUUGAAACAAAUACAUGAUUUUGGAUUGUUGAGAAGUGCAGAUAUUCGUUUCUUUAAUUUUUCAUCCACCAAUGAUGAUGAUGAUAUCAAUUUGGAUCGAGAGUUUUAUAGAUCAUUUGUGAGAUGGCAACUCACUGAGAUGAAACGAUCAGGAAAAAUCAUUACCAAACCAAUGUUUCAAUAUUUAAAUUCGACAAAUAGUAUCCGCUAUUUACAUACCGCAUUGAUUGUGAAAAUGUAUUUGAAAAAGCCAAGCGAAUCUUGUCAAGACAUAGUUCAUCCGUUCUUGCAAUCAGGAAAAACAAUUUAUCUUGCGGUAGAAUUAAGAGAGAGACCUCUAUCGGUUUUUACAAUAUCUACCUGUAGGAUUGAUGAAGGUGAAAGCUUUGGAAUUUUUGAAACAGCAGAAACCAAUGAGCUCAUUAUAUGCAGGGAACAAUCGAUUCAUAACUUGAGUUAUCAGUACAUCACACCAGAGAGAGGAAAAUUUCAGUUACUGGCAUCAAUGAAAGGAAAGGCCUUAACAGGAUCAAUUGUUCAUUCUCAAGUGGUCAAUCGUGACAUUAAAGUCAGCGCUGGCUGUAGACGUCGAGGAGCGGCUGGUAUUGAAAGCUUUGGAGAAAUAGCUCCUGAACUCCAAAGAAAUAUUUCUUCCUUUAAAUCACAGUUAGAUGCAUUGAUACAACGGACUUCUCUCACUGAGAUGAAGAGAAGCUUGUCGCCCGUGACGACAAUACUAAACAAUCCAACGAACCUAUAUAACGAGAAGAGAGUAAUUGUAACUUUGAAUGGAGAGCUAUCCAGAGGUUACUUAAUGGAUCUAUUAACUAAAAAGCUCUUUGAAAAACAAAUCGAAAAAGAAUGCAUUGGAACACUGGACACCUUAAUUCAUCACAACAUGGUCAUCAAAGGGAUAGCUUUUCAGUGUGGAUAUGAUGAUGAUAAUAAUGGAAUAGUUGCUCUAUGUGACCAUUAUGCUGUUGAUUUUCUUCAAAAAGAUUGGUAUAGACAAGUCCUGCGAGACGUUUCAAAUAGGCAGACUCCAUACGGCAUACACAACUCUGACAAGAAGCAAUUAUUCGAAUUUUUAAAAAACAUUGAUGUCUGUGUUUGUGCUAAACUAUUCGACCAAAAGUACGAAACUGAUAUUUAUAUUCCUUGGGACACUCACAAUUCAUACUCUAUAACGGCAACAGGAAUGGAAGUACCUCCAAAGUUCCUCUUUGUGCUUCCACUGUUAAAACACUACAAACUAUCACCAGUCAACUUGAGCAAUGACGCUUGGAGAUAUAUUUUCGAACCUCUUACAACACGUGUUAAUUCACACGCUCCAACUGAACCAUAUUUAAGAUUGAUUAGAGAGCAUAUUCAACAAUUACUUCCUCUUGACCAUUUCGUAUCCAUGAAUAAUUACAACAUUCUUAAUUCCUUAUUUUUGCAUUAUGCAUUGAGUGCUUCAGAUGAUAGAGUCGAACGCAUGUCACACGCGGUUGAGGUUACACGAGUUAAAUUUCUUCGUUACUUUAUGAGGAAAAGGACACGUAUACAGCCGCCACGUAGUGAGUUGACAGAGGAGGCAGAUAUUUGGAGAUUGCUUCUAGUGAGCACAUGCGUCAUUAAUUCGUACCAAGCCACAGACUUGAAACGAGAGAUUUACAAUUUUUAUCAAAGAAUUUCUCAUAUUGUGACAAGAUCUCAUCAAAGGACUUAUUUUGAAGAUAGAGAGCCAUGCGGAGUUUUUGAUCAUGUUUUUCAAUUGCAAAUGAAACGCAAUAUUAUGAAAUUGAAACAAUUUUAUCAUGAUAGGAAUUACCGAAAGAUUUUUCAACAUGCGUGGACCAACAUGACAAUGAUCGUUUCUGAAUAUUUUGCAACAAUGAAAAUUUAUGAAACAAAGCCAUCCAGCACACUUGCAAUGGAAUAUGUCCAUUAUCAUGUUUCAAUACUUUCUCCUAUCAUGCCUCAUGUGUGUGAAUAUUUGUUGAAAAAAGUUAUUGGAAGUGAAUUCUGCAUUGAGGAUUUGAGAUGGCCAGAGGUUAGUCUCAGCCAUACGAAUGACGAACAACAUUGCUUAAAGAUUUAUGAAUAUUUGAAACGCAUAUGUCGACACAAGUAUUGGAAGACUAGGUCCAGCACACCAAAUUUUAAAACAAUGUAUAUUUAUGUUGCAAGUCAUCCUUAUCUUGGAUGGCAUGGUCAAUGUCUCACGAUCUUGCACAAAUACAAAACAGAACUUUUGAAUUGCAAAUUGAAGUAUCGAGAGGUCGUGAAGAACAUUUUUACGAGUGAACAAGAUUUCAAAUCAAGUACACUUGCGCAACCAUGUAGAGGACCUUUUUUUUCAGCAAGAUUCGUGAAUUGA